UUCCUGAAGCCUGACUUGGCAUCACCUGUAACAGCAAACCUUCCUUGUUCCACUUCGGUUUUCAUAUCCCUCCCCUCCCUCUCUCAUAAAAUUGUACCGAGAACAAGUUUGGCAGCUGAAACAGUGGUUUAGUUUCUCUGUACACACACCGGUUUCGGUUGAAUUACCCAGCUUAUUUCAACCAGGUACUGAGAGGAGGAAAAGCAACAGACACGGCAAGUGUGUCCACAGCAGGACAGCCAAAAAACAGGGAAACAUACAGAUACAGAACAUUGGGUGUCUUCUCCAGUGGUCUUGGUUUAUGGGGCAACAGAUAAGCCUGCCUUGCACGCCAUCCUAGCAUCCAGUCACACACAAUCAAAAAUUCCCUUCAGCUUAUAGGGAAUAGUAGCUGCAUGGUAGGUUCCUGUUUUCGGUAGGAAAAUAAAGGUGGACGGGGCUUCUUGAGAGCAGCAGCAAUAUAUUUAUAGCUCAUUGUCUCCCUUGCCUGGACCCACCAGUAUGCGGACCCCAACACCCAUGAUUGUGGGCAUUGUGCUUGGCCCUUGUGGGCUUGUCCUAAACCUAACCAGCACCCUGGCUCAGACCUGGAGGACUGUCAGCCUCAUCCCUGGGGAGACACAGGAUCUGAUCCAGCACCAAGGCAUCUGGCAGUUCUGCAAUGAGUACCAGAGCAGCAACAUGAACACCUGUUAUGACAUUAAGGACACUUUGGGAUACUUCUCCCAGCUGCCUGUGCAAGUGGCCAAGGGGCUCAUGCCUGCCUCACUGGUGGUCACCGCUCUGGGUCUAGUGGUGUCCACGUUGGGAGUGCGCUGCUGGCAGCACCGACCCCAUUACUUGCUGGGUGGACUGGGUGGGCUGUUGCUCUUCAUUUCUGGACUGCUGAGCCUUAUUGCCAUCUCUUGGUACAAUCAUGAGCUCUACAAUCUGCCUUCCCCCUCAGGCAGCACACUGGCGGUGGGCUACUGCCUGGUAUUAGGGUACCUUGCUAGUUGCAUGGAAAUUAUUGGAGGCCUCUCUCUGACCGUGAGCUUUGACCAGUGCUGCAAAGAAUACAAACUGAAGAAAGCUGCUAAAGACACCAGUUACCCACCAAGCAACAAGCAGGGCCCAGGAAGUGUGGCAGCCAUUAGCUCCCCCUCCAUCAUAGAUGGCAGAAACAGGCACAUCUCAAGCUGGAAUACAACAUCUAACUACCACAGCAAUUUCCUGGAUGUACUGGAAGAUGAAGUGGGCAGUCGGAGUCAAAGCAGGCUUCCCUGUGACUCAGAUCUGUAGCCCUAAACCGGGAAAUUUCUACAAAUGGAAGGCAAGGUAUGAGCUGCCUGAACAGAACAGCAGCCGGGAAGGAUCAUCUGAAAGUAUGAUAUUCUCCUACUUCUAUAAACAAAAACAAAUACUGACUGAAAGAGUUGUUUGACAGUGAAUUGCCUGAGAAGAUAAUGGUGGAUUCUUCUUCUCUGGAAGUCUUUAAACAGAGUUUGGAUGGAUAUUUUGUGGAUAUUCAGUUGGAUAUUCCUGUAUUAGGCUGGAAGGCGUUGGUAAUUUCUUCCCUCUCCAUGUUUAUGGGAUUAUAAAAGUUGGAACAGCUGGAUCACUGAGAUUCUUGAUGUAUCUAUUUAAAGCAUUUCCCAAUCAAUAUUAUUAUGUCAUUAAGACAUUUAAACUUGCUAAAAUAAAAAUAUGAAGUGUUCUCUUUAUCAAAUGGUGGAGCUAGCAAAUUGAAAGUAGUUCAG